AUGUCGACCGGAGAGGAUGAGGGCGAGGGUGGCAAGGACAAGGGACGCCUUGAAAUUUUUGAUGGGACACAACCUUUGUCUUACCGGACAUGGAAGAGAAGGGCGCAACUAAUGCUGGCAAGCUUGCCCAGCACCAUCAAGAAGGAGCAGCACGGGCCCAAACUCAUGGGGUACAUCGGUGGGGAAGCGGAAGCCCUACUGGAGCAACUUGAGAUAGAGGGGAUCUGUGCUGAGAAUGGGGACAAGGCGAUUUGGGCCAUCCUCGAUGACAAAUACAACCCACAGCCAAUAGACCUUCUUCAAUCUAGUUUGAAGACCUUUUUCCAUGAGCUGAGUGUGAAGCCCAUGGAGACUUAUCGACAGUUCUCUGCACGAUUUGCGGCUGCACAAAGGAAACUAGAAGAACAAAAAGUUGUUCUACCCAAAGUUGCCCUGGGUUUCCUGUUCAUGAAAAAACUCAGACUGGAAGCGAGUCAGGAGUCGUUGAUCCUUACCACUUCAGGUGGGAAACUGGAGAUAGAGGAGGUGAUUCGAGCCACCAACACGAUCUUUCCGGAAGGAAAGGGAAGCAGUGUCAAGACUAGCUCCAAGGAUGUUUUUCAGGUGGACCCAGAGGUGACAGAGAUCGAAGAGGAGGAUGAUUUGCAGGCCGUGAUGGAUAUGGUCGCAGAAGAGGUGCAGGGUCGAGAAGACUGGGAAGAAGAAGAUGUGCUGGAGACAUUCGAGACGUACACGGACAUCAGAAGGAAACUCCAAGAAAGCAAGAAUGGAAGGGGAUACUUUCCGAAACCCAGCCUAGGAAAAGGAGGAGGGAAGUCGAAUGCAUCCAGCUCAUGGCAGAUCUCCGGAACACUUCGGGGCAAGAUCGAUCAGUUGAAGGCCAGAACCAGGUGCCAUCGAUGCAAGCGCCUGGGACACUGGAAGAAGGAAUGCCCUUUGAAGUCAUCGGCAUCAUCGACGUCAUCGGCAACUACACCUUCGAAAGAAGUUUUGCUGGUGGAAAAUAGCGAUCAGGUCAAACAGAUGUGGGAGAGCUUCAUCACGGAGAAGGCGGAGGACAGUGACCGGGGUUGGCAGAGCAAUUUGCCAAACCAUGUUCUCAACCCAGGGUUUGCGGACACGCACUCCACUGGGAACAGGCAGAUCAGUGACGAGACCGUGGUGGUGCCACACGAAUCGACGAGGAGGCUUGAGCGAAGUUUUGACGUUUUCCAUGCACAAGCGGAAAUGAGUGCUCUCGGUGACACCCUUGAGGAUCACGCACUAAAACGGUGCGGAAUCCCUGACACAGCUUGCCGAAGAACCUUGGUUGGUGAAACUGUUUUGGAUGGUAUUGAGGACCAUUUGUCCCGUAGGGGUUUGAAGGUUCACCGGGUUGAGGACAAUCAUGAUUUCAGGUUCGGCAACAAUGGCAUGCUGUCAUCAACUCAGACCGCACUUUUGCCGGCUAGCGUAGGAGGAAAGAGAAUUGUGAUCAAGGCGGCUGUCUUGCCGAAAGAGGGCAAGACCACACCAUUGUUGAUGAGCAAGGAACUGUUGAAACAACUUGGUUGUGUGUUGGACAUGGUUGAUAGCAGUGCUCGUUUUGAUAGGAACAUGGCGCCCAAGAUGUCCAAGAGCGGUUGCGCAAGCAGCUCCCAGGACAAGAAGGGAUACACGAUUCCGGACGAGGUGAAUCAGAUGAUGGCUGGUCUGGUACGGGACGAAACGAUGGCCACCAUUCGCAAUGUGGACUCCUUUCCGGAUCACAAGGUGGAUGCGGAGGGCAAUCCGAUCCGAUCCUCCACACUCAUGGACAAGGGCAAGUACAAGGACGAGCAAAAGACGUACCUGAGCAUCUACAUGGAGGACAAGUCUUACGUGGCAUGGGUGAGGACACACAUCAACGAGAGCUCCCAUCCGACCAUAAAGAAGUUCCGAGUGUUUGUGGCUCACAUGGACAAAGCCAAGAUCGACCGCAUCAACCAGGAAGCCGAACGUCAGAGUCCCAUGCUGCCGAAGGCGACACAGAGAAGCCCUCCCGUCAAGAACAAGAUGGAGAACACAGAGAUGACGGACUGGGAGGUGAUGACAGAAGACCUUGGCACGAAUGUGGACAAGGACAAGUGGGUGAUCAAGGCAUGGGAAGGGAUGGCCAUCAGGACCUUGGAUCACAACUACAUGAAACGUCAACGCAUGAUCGAGAAGAUGGCUCGUCAUCCUUCGGGCAUGAACAUGAUGGUGAACGGGCACAGCGACCGAAACACGUUCAUGUCUGUCCUCCCUGCGGCCCUUUCAGCCCACUGCAGCGGCUAUCGAAAGGAAAAGGGUCGAGGGAAGAGAGAAGGAUAUGGCAACAAGGUUCUUCGCUGUGCUCCAGAGCAGAUUCGACUGCUUACGGAUGAUCAGAAGGCAGCGUUGCUUUUCACAACACCUGACCUGAUUCAGCAUCCAUCACGCUUCACAAAACGUGGAGCACACGUGUACACAGACAUCUCGGCGGAAGGACGUCCACCAGCGGAUGAACAACCGCAAAAAAGACCCCGAGUGUCCUUUCAAGAAGAUACGACAGUGGAGGAACUGGAUGAGCACAUGAACACUGCACUGGGGAGCGAACAACAACCCGAUCCAAUGGAAUCAGAACUUGAUGUUACACAGGUUCCGACGGAGACAGAGGAGAGCAUGUCUGAGGGAAGACGUGACUCAACACAAGCAACGUCAGGUGAGCCCCAUGCACAAACCGGAGGUGGCAACCUGACAACCGGAAUGGUGACAGAAGCUGGUGGGGCCGGAACAAAUUUGGGAACCGGACCCGAUUCACAAGCAGGCUCUAGCUAUGGACCUAUCAGGACGGACAGUCUGACGCGAGCCCUGAGAAGAAGCACUGAAAUUCUGGAUCAGGGGUACGCAAGGGCUUCGAGAGGCCCAUUUGGUCAGACUUCCGAGGACGCCCUGCUCAAUGACGCCUAUGUAGUUCACAACAACUCGCACGAGAUCUCUGAGAAGGACAUCACGGCAGUCGAAAGGCAUUGCCAAUCAACGCUAGGCUCCGAACUCAUGUCCCUAUCUCGUGGAAUCGCAGAAGGAGAGUGGAUUCGCUCGCUCUUUGGUGAGGCUCUGAACCCUGAUUAUCAACUGAAGGCGAUCGAGGCGGUGAGUGAGGUGAACGAUUUGGAGACCUUGUGGAGCAGUUUGAAAGACCAGCCAGGUUUACAGCCUGAUGCCAUCACUUACAAGUCGACCGCCUUUGGUUUUGCCCAGGCGUCGAGGUGGAACCGCGUCCUGGAUUUGCUUUCUGAGAUCCCAGCCUCACUGCAGGCCGCGGCAGAGGGAAAAGCCAUCUACCAUGACGCCUUAGCAGCGUUGCCGAAGGAUGCCCCAGCGUGUGCCAUGGGUCUCCUGAAUGAAAUGCAGUCGAAGCGAUUGCGUGUGGAUGAG